GUUCAAAAUAUAACUGUGAUUUAAAGAAUGACUAUCGAUUCGACUAUCAUAUCUAAUUUGACAAAUUGCCCAAGAGCUAUUUCUCACAAGGAUAACACAAUUUAGUAUUAUUUACAGACUAUAAUUUUUAUACUGACUGGCAGAAAUUUUGCAGUAUCAAUUUCAUAGAAGAAAAUUACGUAUAGCUAAAGCAAUAUCGAUUGAAAAUCUAUUAUACGUAAAGAAGGAAGAUUGCCAAAUUAUUAUUUCCUUGACACUCUAAAUAACAGUAACAAGUUAUACGAAGUUGAAACUACGAAAUCGAUAUUAAUAUCCAUAGUUUUAGAACGAACUUUUAAAAAAUCAUUCAUUCCAUGAUGGACUUCUUUGAGCAACGAUAUUACGUGAUAAAUAAACGUUUUAUGUCUUAUUUUGAUGAUAAAAGUAGCUGAAAUAGGGAUAACUGAUAUCGAUGCUUUUAUUGAAUGCAUUCCUCCCAUAGUGGUGAUAAAGGGUUCCAUGAUAAAGGCUUUCACUGUCGGUUUUCAUAUAAAUCAUUUUCAAGUACUUUUAAAACAUAUUGAAGAAGAUUGGCGAAAUUUAAUAGAUGUUAAAGAAAUGGCAAUUCUUUCAAAAUAUGCUGAAACUGGCCGAAAAUUUACGAUAUGGUAUACGUUCUACAUAACUUUCACAACAUUAUUAUAUCUGUCAUUACCUUUAUCGCCAAUCUUUCUUAACAUUUUAUCACCGUUAAAUGAAUCACGAAAAAUGGAACUUCUUUUUUGUACGGAAUAUUUUGUUAGCGAGGAAGAAUAUUUUAAUGAAAUUUUGUUUUAUGAUUAUGCAAUUACUGUAUUAGUAGUUGCAGUAUUAAUUGCAACUGAUACAAUGUAUAUGAUGUAUUCAGAACAUGCUUGUGGUAUAUUUGCAAUUGUAUGUUAUCGAUUAAAUAAUAUAGGUAAAUGCGAGAAUACAGAAGAAAAAUAUGACAACAAUUUUCUUAAUAAAUCAAAAGAUGAUAAUUAUGACAAAGCACAGGAUGAAAAACAUUAUCAAGAACUUUCAUUAUGUGUCAAAAAACAUAAACAUGCUAUUGAAUUCGUUGAAUUACUCCAAACAUGUUACACAGAAUCUUUAAUAAUACUAUUAAUAAUUAAUGUAGUAGGCAUAAGCAUUACAGGAGUUCAAACUAUAAUCAAUAUACAUAAUUUGUCAGACGUAUUCAGAUUUGGUUUUUUAACAAUAGGUGAAGCAUUUCAUCUUUUUUUCUUGACAUUACCAAGUCAAAGGAUAAUAGAUCACAGUGCUAAAGUAUUUGAAAAUAGUUACAACUCACGUUGGUACGUACUUUCCUCGAGAUGCAAAAGAACGCUUAGUUUAAUACUAUUACGUAGUAUGACACCAUGCCAAUUAAUGGCUGGUGGAUUAUAUUCUAUGACAUUAGAGAAUUAUGUUUCGCUAGUUCAAACGGCUAUGUCUUACUUUACGGUAUUAUCAUCGGUACGAUAAGAUCUGUGUAAAAUUGCAACACUAAGCGAAUUUAGAACCAUUACUACAAUUAAAAGUCAUCUAUGUACUAUCGUUAAAUAUUAAUAGUUAAUUGUAAUAAAAGAAUUUAAACGUCAUAAAAAAUUCAUGAGAGGUGUGAGUAAUAUUUAAAUAAACAAACAAAAGAAAAUAUUUAAUAUGAUAUAAGAAAUAACAAGAAUUAGAAGAUGGGAAUAAUGUUUGAGAGAGAAAGAGAGAGAGAGAGAGAGAGAACAACGAUUGAUGAAACGUGUUAAUAUGAAAGCCAUAACGAUUAAUGUAUGUAACUAUCUUUUAUUUUCUUAUCAAUUUUAU